AUGGACGCUUUAAAAGCGUAUGGAAGUGACAGCGAAAUGUCAGACGAUGACGUUAUUAUGAAAGAUAUUGCUUCUGGAAAGUGUUCAACUCUGAAUAUCGAAAAAUCCCUAAUGGUGGCGCCAGAUGUUGAAACCAAAUCUUCAAUUCAAGAUAUUGCUAUAGUCGAUCCAAAAACGAAAGAGCUCAAAUCAAAUCCGAAAUACGAGCAGUUGUUCCAGCCAGAAACUGGACCCGCUAAUCCAUUCAAAUCCGAGAAGCAACUUGCCCAGAAGAACACACUAACAGGAUUUGUGGAGCCGGCGCAUAUUAAUGAAUUCCAUUUUAAUCGCGAGCUCCGCAGUUUCGACACACUUGGCUAUGCGAGAAACCCAACAGCUGAUCGCGGAGCCGAAUUCAUAGGUGACGUAAAGAAAGCCGUAGCUGAAGGUGGUGUUUCACUGUUUGAAUCCAAGAAAACUGGGGGAGAAAAGAGGAAACGGUUAAGGAAUGAUGAUGCAAGUGAUGUUGAUGGAUACACAGGACCUUGGUCUAAAUAUGAAAAUGAGCAAACUAUCGCAAAACCGAAUCCAGAAUUACAAAAGGAGAUGGAUGAAAUUGUCAAAAAGAAGAGAGAAAAGAGUCGACGAUACAAAAAAGAAUUGCAAGAUAAUGAGCAACAAGCUGAGGAAUCUACAACUCUUCAUCUCAAAGAGACCGAGGAUUACCAAGGAAGAUCAUUCUUGGUCCCACCUAGCUUUACCGGUGUAAAUCUACGUGAAGAUUAUGUGCCAGAACGGUGUUUUGUGCCGAAAAAGCUUAUUCACACGUAUCGGGGACACAACAAAGGUGUCAAUUAUUUGCAAUGGUUCCCGAAGAGCGCACACUUAUUCUUAUCGUGCUCAAUGGAUACUAAGAUUAAACUAUGGGAGGUAUAUGAUAAACAGCGUGUUGUUCGGACAUACGCUGGCCACAAACUGCCAGUACGAGAAGUUGCUUUCAACAACGAAGGAGUCGAGUUUCUGUCCGCUAGUUUUGAUAGAUACAUCAAAUUAUGGGACACUGAGACUGGACAGGUGAAACAGCGAUUCCAUACUGGACAUAUUCCGUAUUGUCUGAAAUAUCAUCCGGAUGAUGAUAAGAAUCACAUGUUCCUUGCUGGAAUGCAAAACAAAAAGAUCAUCCAAUGGGACACGAGAUCGGGCGAAAUUGUUCAGGAAUACGAUCGCCAUUUACAGCCGGUCAACUCGAUCACAUUCUUCGACAAAAAUCGACGAUUCGCCUCAACAUCAGAUGACAAAUCUGUGAGGAUUUGGGAAUGGGAGAUUCCGGUCGACACGAAGCUCAUCCAAAAUGUUGGUCUCCACUCGAUUCCAUGUAUGACAAAGAGUCCAAACGAUAAAUGGGUUGUUGGACAGUGCAUGGACAACCGUAUUGUGCUGUUCCAAUUGAUCGACGAUAAACUAAGAUUUGCCAAGAAGAAGGCGUUCAGAGGGCACAAUGCUGCUGGAUAUGCUUGCAAUGUUGAUUUCAGUCCGGACAUGAGUUUCAUCAUCUCAGGUGAUGCUGACGGAAAACUGUUCAUCUGGGAUUGGAGAACACAUAAAAUUGUUGGAAAAUGGAAGGCGCAUGAUAAUACAUGCAUUUCUGCUCUUUGGCAUCCUCAUGAAAAGAGCAAAAUUAUUACAGCUGGAUGGGACGGACUCAUCAAAAUGUGGAACUGA